AUGAUAUCUCCUCCUCUUAAGCAACAUAAGAAAAACAAAAAGGCUGCGUCCAUUGUCAAUCUCCGUUUAUAUUAUGUGGGGCUUCCGAACACGCACAAAAUUAAAAUAAGAAAAAAAAAAUAUUUCUUGAGACUCUGCGACAAAUGUCGUAGUCCAUUUUCUCCGAAUGGGGAAUUCUCCGACGACAUUUCUGAUCAUGCUUUUUCAAUUAUGUCGUCCAUUUAUUUUAUUUUUCUUAGCACCAGGUUGUUUGCUUGUAUGCGUGAUGGAGUUAUCGAUAAUACCCAAGAAAUCUUCCCCCAAGAAUAUUUUUUUUUAGAUAGAAUACUAUGCAAUAUUCAUUUACUAAAAAUCUUGCUUUAUCAAUUGUGA